AAAUAAGAGGAGCCUGGGGAGCCCAGCUGUGCUGUGGGCUCAGAGGAGAGCUUGGGGCACCUCCAUCAUGGCCUGGACCCCUCUCCUGCUCCCCCUCCUCACUCUCUGCACAGGCUCUGUGACCUCCUCUGUUUUGACUCAGCCCUCUGCGGUGUCUGUGGCCCUGGGACAGACAACCAGGAUCACCUGCCAGGGAGGAGUAUUAGAAAUCAUUUUUGCUAACUGGUACCAGCAGAAGCCAGGCCAGCGCCCUGCACCGCUCAUCUAUUAUAAUGAUGACCGGGCCUCAGGGGUCCCUGAGCGAUUCUCCGGCUCCCGCUCUGGUGAAAUGGCCACCCUGACCAUCACUGGGGCCCAGGCUGAGGACGAGGCUGACUAUUACUGUCAGUCAUGGGACAGCAGUGGUGAACACUGGAAGUCACUGUGGUUUGUAUUCGGUGGAGGGACCCAUGUCACUGUCACAGGUCAGCCCAAGGCCUCCCCCACAGUCACUCUGUUCCCACCAUCCACUGAGGAGCUGGCAACCGACAAGGCCACACUAGUGUGUAUGAUCAAAGAUUUCUACCCAGGUGACAUUUUUGUAUCCUGGAAUAGAGACGGCACCCCCAUCACUCAGGGCGUGCAGACCAGCAAGCCCUUCAAACAGAGCGACAACAAGUAUGGGGCCAGCAGCUACCUCAGCAUGACUGCUAGUGAUUGGCGUCGUCGCGACGCAUUCACUUGCCGGGUCGAACAUGAGGGGAUCACCGUGGAGAAGACCGUGUCCCCUGCAUCCAGUCAAUCCAAGGCCUCCCCCACAGUCACUCUGUUCCAACCCUCCACUGAGGAACUGGCAACCAACAAGGCAACACUGGUGUGUAUGAUCAACGGCUUCUACCCAGAAGACAUUCUCGUGACCUGGAAUAGAGAUGGCACCCCCAUCACUCAGGGUGUGCAGACCAGUAAGCCCUUCAAACAGAGCAAUAAGUACGGGGCCAGCAGCUACCUCAGCAUGACUGCCAGUGAUUGGCAUCGUCACAACCUAUUCACCUGCCGGGUCGUACAUGAGGGAAUCACCGUAGAGAAGACCGUGUCCUCUGCAUCAAGUUCUUAG